ACACACACAGGCCCACCCAUUAUCUAUCCAUCUCUUCCUAUUUCGUUCUCUUUUUUUCUCCAAUUUUUUUUUUAAUUUUAUUUUAUGCAUUAGAUAGAAGAGGAAACUCUCAGAGACUGAUUUCACAGAUAGCUUUCUCUGUUCUAUGAUUUCUUUCUUCUUCUUCUCCUUGUAAAUCUUAUACUAUAAUUGAAACCACUUUUGCAGAUCUUGUUUCUUCAUAUGCUUGUAAAAGCCCUCAGUGGAAUUGUGCUGCAUCAAAGAAGCUGAUUUUCCUUGGCUGACAUCUGAUUUUGGUUUGGAUUUAAACAGUCUAGAGAGAAAUCUAAGUUGGAACAUGGGUUACAUUUGUGAUUUUUGUGGGGAUCAGAGGUCCAUGGUCUACUGCAGGUCGGAUGCUGCAUGUUUAUGUUUGUCGUGUGAUCGAAAUGUGCACUCAGCUAAUGCUUUGUCCAAAAGGCAUUCACGAACCCUCGUAUGUGAAAGAUGCAGUGCACAACCCGCAUUAAUUAGAUGUGCUGAAGAGAGGAUCUCUCUUUGUCAAAAUUGUGAUUGGAUGGUUCAUGGCACCUCUUCCUCAAUUACCAACCAUAAAAGGCAAACCAUCAAUUGUUACACUGGCUGUCCAUCAGCUUCUGAACUUUCUUCAUUAUGGUCGUUUAUUUUGGACUUCCCUUCUGUUGGUGAAGCUACUUGUGAGCAGGAGUUGGGAUUGAUGAGCAUCGUUGAAAAUAGCUCUAGUAGGGCUUGGGGUCCUGAGAACACAACUAACCAAAAUGCAUCCGGUACUGUUACUGUUGAUGAGGCAGAUAUAGCUAAAUCAGGUGUUUAUGGUGGAACUUCUUCAGUGCCUGAAUUAAUCUCUAUGCCAAACAAUCCAGAGCAGCCAGUGGGAUCUGUAAAUGCGCCUUUGCUAAAGUUAUGCUGUCCUGGAACUAAAGGUCCCGCACUUUGUAAAGAUGAUGAUCUUUACAAGGACUUCAAUAUGGAUGAAGUGGAUUUGAAUCUUGAAAACUAUGAAGAACUCUUUGGUGUUACCCUCAAUAAUUCAGAAGAGCUUUUUGAGAAUGGUGGAAUUGAGAGCUUGUUUGGGUCAAAGGACAUGUCCGCAGCCGAUUCCAACUGUCAGGGUGCAGUGGCUGCUGAGGGAUCGUCGGUUGGACUGGUUAAUGCAAUGCAGCCAGCAUGCAGCAAUGCAGCAUCUGCUGAUUCCAUGAUGAGUACUAAAACAGAACCAAUCCUUUGUUUUACAACAAGGCAAGGGCAUUCAAGCCUCUCAUUUUCUGGCCUUACUGGAGAGAGCAGUGUUGGAGAUUAUCAAGAUUGUGGAGCUUCUUCAAUGCUUUUCAUGGGAGAACCUCCAUGGUGUCCCCCAUGCCCGGAGAGUUCAUGCCCAUCAUCUAACCGAAGUAAUGCUGUAAUGCGAUACAAGGAAAAGAAGAAGACACGCAUGUUUGAGAAGAAAGUGAGGUAUGCCUCCCGCAAAGCAAGGGCUGAUGUAAGAAGACGCGUGAAGGGGCGAUUUGUCAAAGCUGGUGAUGCUUAUGAUUAUGACCCACUGAACCAAACCAGAAGCUGCUGAGAGUACAAUUUUUAUACAUGUUUUUAGAAAGAAAAACGAAAAAAGAAAAAGGAAAGAAACCGAGGCUUAUUUUGAGAGAAUCAAUUUUUAUUACCUGAACGCUGGCUGACAUUGAUGCAUGAUUUUCCUUGUGCAAUGACAAGCUGUAUGAUUGUAUCACAGGGAUCUAGGUCAUCAUGAGAAGAAAAAGGUGAUGUAAAAGAGCUGGUUUCUGGUGCUUCGCCAAUAAAGUUCGGAUGCACAAGUUUCCAUCAACAUCAAGGAAAACUGUUUUCCACAUCAUCCAACAAGGCCACAUGGAUUGCCUCGCUGUUAAAACUACGACCUCUGAUUUCCUUUCCACUUCCGCGAACAACUUGUUCUGUCCAGUUCUUCACUAGGAAAGGAAAAAUAUUUAAUUAUGCAACCAUAGAAAUCUCACUGCUCAUAAUGUCGACUAUUACUCUCCUAGCUUCUUGCCCUGGUCAUUUGUAUAAAAGGCGGCUCCCACGGCAUGGUGGGUGACUGCACUCUCAGUUGCAUGACGAACCAAAGAUCUUGCAGUUGUAAAUCUUUAUUCCCUUUCCUUUUGUUUUCCAUUGGAUAUGUCUAGUACAGAAUCUAUAUAUUAGAUGAGGGUACAUCUGGCCCAAACAGUUGGUAAGAUCAGACAGAAAAACUUGGAGUUGUAAAUUUUCCCUUUCUUUUUCUGUGGACACAUAGAACAGGAUGAUCAUGUAUGCUGGUAAUAGGGUAGUUUCUACUGAUAAAAUACAAGUAUUUUAUGUGUUAUAGGUUA